CAGAGAUGCAAAGGUACGAAUGUGCUCUCGAGGCCAUGAGAGGUUGACACAUAUUGUACAUACAUGUUAGUACUACCCGAUGAACCGGAUUUUGCUCGCGAAUAUCACUGGACUGCAGCAGUCGAUCAAAAGAUCGAGACCUCCGCUCAAUUUCUUUUCAGUGAACAUGAUUGGAUUUGCUGUUACGUCUAAUGCGCAAGAAUUAAUCAUUCGAUUCACCUAUUCUCGAACUGUUAUAGGAGCUGUAGAAUUACCAUUCAUCCUUUAAUCGCUGUCAAACAUAGAAAGUGCUGCUGCUGGGCUUGGCGGUAUAAUUUGCAUGCGACCAUAUUUGCGGCUGAUUGUCGUUAAACUGUUUUGCGACCAUAUUUGCAACUGUUUUGUAUGUCCACCGGAUAGGUCUUAGCCAGAAAACAAAGAUGACCCCAAAGACUCUACGACUAUUUGGCUAUGGAGUUAUUUUGACAUUUUUCACCAGAUAUAGAUUUGCUGAGGCGUCGAAUCUUUCAGAUCUUGUAGACAACCUGUUUCAGAAUUAUCACACGCACGUUCGACCAGUGUGCGACUCAGAUUCUCCAAUCCACGUCAAGCUCGGAAUAGCCGUUCGACAGAUAAUAAAUCUUAAUGAACCCAAACAGAUAAUAGAAAUCAAUGCAUGGAUUAGAUUGCGCUGGAAUGACUGUCACAUGCGAUGGAAUAGCUCGCAAUACGGCAUAGGACAUUUUGUCGUCCCGUACAAUAAAGUCUGGGUACCCGACGUAACUCUAUAUGACAAUGUUGACAGUCAGUUGCUUGGACUUAAAGACUACAGGCCGGCCAUCUACUCUGACGGCAGCGUCGUCUAUAACUUCCCCACUGUUAUCUCAAGCUUGUGCAAAGUUGAUGUGACUUAUUUCCCCUUUGAUAAACAAAUAUGUCGUUUGCAAUUCGGAUCUUGGGCACACAACGGUUUAGAACUCAACAUGUCUGGCAUAAGCAACGAGGCAGACCUUAGUGCGUUUGUGGACAGUGUCGAAUGGGAGGUGACGUCAGUUCCAAUGGUGCGCAAUGUCCUGUACUAUAAAUGUUGCCCGGAACCUUAUCCGGAUGUGACGUUUUAUCUAAAAAUGAAAAGAAAGCCUCUGUUCUAUUUGAUGAAUUUGGUGUUUCCCUGUAUGUUGAUUUCAACCGUAGCCUGUUUGGGGUUCAUCUUGCCUCCAGACAGUGGAGAAAAAGUUUCUCUGGAGAUCACGGUGUUAUUGUCCUUAGCUGUGUUUUUGAUGGUCGUAUCAGAAACUAUGCCUCCUUCCUCCGAAACUUUCCCAUAUAUAGGUGUGUACUUCACGUGCGCCAUGUUGUUGGUUUCGAUGUCUUGUCUCAUGACUGUGGUCGUCCUGAACCUUCACUUUAAGGGCAGCAGUGGCAAGAAGGUCCCACUGUAUCUGAAGCGUGUGUUCAGUUUCCUGGCAACUAUAGUAUGCUUUAAGAUCAGAAUAAACGAUGCAACAGAACUGAAGAGUACCUUAAAAGAGCGGAAGGUGACACAUCACGACAACAGAGCGUUCGAACACACCAAUGGGAAUACCUUGGACACGUCAAAGCAUGAAAAAAUCAACAUGUUUUUCCACAACGGUUUUCAUCACUUAAACCACCGUCAAGUGACGGAAAACGAAAACGAUAACCUUCGUGCAGAGGAGAUGAUUCCUGACGAAACCAUUGUGGAUUCAUCCUCUGCAACUUCCGAGAUCGUUAACUGUGUAAAACAACAGUUAUCAAUUCUUGGGAAUAUUGAAAACGUUCUUCACAAAAAGAGGACACUGGCCGAAUCUGUCGAGGAAUGGCAGGCUAUGGCCCAAAUUAUGGACAGGGUGUUUCUCAUCUUCUUCACAUUAGUUUCCUUCAUUUACUCAUUGACAUUCCUGAUGAAUAGCUAUUUACAGGACAAUGACUAGCUAAUUAAUCAUCAGUAUAUAUGUUUUUGAUUCCAUCAUUUUAUGUUUGUGUCUGAUCAAAUCCUUGUCCUCGUAUUAUAUUUUAUAGAAGAAUGUUUACUUACAGGUUAAUAAAAUGCAAUAUUUAUAAUAGUUAACAAUAAAAAAAUCAAGUUAAUAUGUCUUACUUUAUGUAGGGUAUAGAUUUGUCUUUUUUCUGAUAGACUAUAAGGUUCAAACAUUGUAUUCAAGCUAUCCGACAAUCGACCAAACUUACAGUAAACAUAGAAAUU